AUGUCACUUCCUUCGUGCCUUUUUGAAGAUAGAUUUGUUAUCAACAGUGUAGAUAGCGGAAAGUUCGAUCGCAUCGGGAGGAUUAGAGGUAGGAGUGUUGGCUUUGAUGCAGAUUUAAUUCUAGAUAUAAACAAUGAGCUAUUCCCAGUUAGAGAAAAAGAGAGUUUAUACAUUGGCCUAUCAUCCCAAGUUUCAAUAAACCCUGAUGAUAUUGUAUGGGAUAACUCUGGGCCCCAAACGCUUAUGGACCAAUAUGACUACGUCAUGUAUGGGAAAAUUUAUCGUGUAGAAGAAAAGCAAUCAGAUAGAAGAAGUUUAUAUGCAUCUUUUGGUGGUCUCCUUAUGUCUUUAACUGCAGAUAAGAAUUUGGUUGGCGACUUUUCCCUUGACAUGAGGUUAUAUUGUCUCGUUAGAAGAUCCGAGGAUAUCAUCUAG